CGGGACCGGGACAGCGGGACCGGGACAGCGGGACCGGGCCGGGCCAUGGCCCCGCACCCGCCCAGCGCCGGGCACUACCUGCGCUCCGACAGCGGCGGCUCGGAGGCGCCCAUGCUGGCGGAGGGUCCCGGUCCCGGCCCCGCUCCCGGUCCGGACGGCGGCCCCGGGGCGGUGCGGGGGCAGCGGCGGCGGCGGCGGUGCGGUCCCCUGUGGGGCAGCGUGGCUGUCAUGGCCAUCCUGGCAGUGCAGAUCGCCUCCACCACCGGCCUCUUCGUCUACUUCACCAUGGCCAUCUCCAAGCUGAAAUCCCAGGCUCCGGGGAGUGCGGAAGAGCUGCGGUGUCUGCAGAUGCUCAAUCAGCAGCCCGAGGGCUCCAGCCUGGAGGAGCUGAGCAGCAGCCAGACCUGCCUCAAGCUGGCCAGCACCAUCAAAGCCUACGUGGCCACGGUGACAGAGAACAUCCUCCGCAGGAGCGCAGUGAAGGAGGCCUGGCGGAGCUACUUCAACACCUCGGAGGGGCAGGUUCCUCCCAAAACAGCCGGGAAGCCCUCGGCACAUCUCACCCUCCGCCCUCAGAGCCUGACCCAGGAUGGAGCCUCGGAGCGCUUCGGGAACCUGUCUCAGUCGUGCCGCCACGCCAUCACCCGCUGGGAGCACAGCACCCUGCACUCCCACCUGCAGAACAUCACCUACCGCGACGGGCGGCUCCGGGUCGAGCAGCCGGGCAAGUACUACGUGUACUCCCAGAUCUAUUUCCGCUACCGCAGCGCCGGCGCCCAGGAGUCGGGCCCGCAGCUCGUGCAGUGCAUCCAGUGGCAGCCACCCCACAGCCAGCCCAUCCUGCUGCUCAAGGGCGUGGGCACCAAGUGCUGGGCACCCGAGGCGGACUACGGGCUGCACGCGCUCUACCAGGGCGGACUGUUCGAGCUCAAGGCCGGCGACGAGCUCUUCGUCUCCGUGUCCUCCUUGGCCAUCGACUACAACGACGCAGCUGCCAGCUACUUCGGGGCCUUCCGGCUCGACCUCUGACACCCCCUCUGCUCCCACCUGCCCGCUGAUGCUCCCACGUGGCCCCGGGACAGCGGCCCAAUGGCCAGGGGGUGGCACAGGGUCCUUCCCAGUGUGUCCUGUCCUUUGCGGUGAGGGACAAACCAGAGAGGGCACGAGGCGCGGCUGCCCGCAGGGACCUGCUGUGCUUGGGGCCACCAUCCAGGUGGGAGGAAGCCUGAGACCCUGGAAGGGUCCCCAAGGACUUACAGAGGACAUGCAUGAUGGGAGACAUCCCAGCCCUGGUGGCACAUCACCUCCCAGGCCCUGCAGCAGGAAGGGCACCAGGGCCACACCUGCCAUGGCAAGACACAGUGUCCCCGUGAUGGGGUGACCCUCCACGAGUCUGACCCCACCUCGGGCAGGGACAGCCCCAGCUGGGCUGUGGGUGCCAGGGACCCUGGGCUGGAGGUGCUGGGGCAGCAGCCAGGGUG